CAAAACAAAGUAGUGUUUAGGAUGAAGUAGAAGGUGGAAGAAGCAGUUUGAGAAGACGAACACAAAAAUGAGUGGUGCGAGACUGUGCACAUUGCUUGGAGAAUUGGGUUACGAAGGAAUAGGAUCGGAAGCAUUGGACCCAGAUAGCUUCGAAUGGCCCUUUCAGUAUGAAGACACACGCCCCAUCCUUCACUGGAUCUGCUCCAGUCUUCGUUCCUCCAAUGUCCUCUCCCUCUCCGAGCUUUCCCAGUAUGAGCAGUUUAAGCAAGAAGGGAAGCUCUUGGAGGGGGAGGAUUUGGACUUUGCUUAUGAUAGCAUUUCGGCCUUCUCUGAUAGGAGAGAUGACCAGGAGGCGGUUUUUGGUGCUGAGGAAGGGUUGAAGGAUAUUAAGGAGGCAACACUGGUGUUCAAAGCUGAAGCUUUGGACUUGCAAAGACAUCUAAGGCAUCUGCAAUCUCAGUUUGAUAUGCUUACUGGCCAGGCAUCAACUUUGACACAAGGAAGACGGGCACGGGUUGGUGCAACAUCUAUUGUAAAUGGACACCUCACUACGAUAGAUGAUAGCCUUUCAAUGAGAAAUUUACAGAUGAAUGCAGUUCUUGAAAGAAUUGCUUCCACAACACAGGAGUUGGCUCAUUAUCAUUCGGGAGAUGAAGAUGGUAUAUAUUUGGCAUACUCAGACUUCAACCAGUUCUUGCUUGGAGACUCUUCGUGUCUAAAGGAGCUAAAUCAGUGGUUUGCUAAGCAACUCGAUUCAGGUCCAUUCCGACUUGUUGCCGAGGAGGGAAAAUCUAAAUGCUCUUGGGUGAAUCUUGAUGACAUAUCAAAUAUCUAUGUUAGAGCAGAUUUGGAAAAAUCACAUAAUCAACGUGUAUCUGAGUUGCAGCGACUUCGCUCAAUAUUUGGAAUAAGUGAAAGACAAUGGGUGGAAGCGCAAGUUGAGAAUGCCAAGCAGCAGGCUAUUUUAACGACACUUAAAUCACAAGUGUCAUCAGAUGAAGCUCACAUUCAUCUUGAUCUUCACUCUCUUAGGAGAAAGCAUUCUGAAUUGAAAGCAGAACUUUCAAAUCUUUAUAACCAUGAAGAAAAGCUGUUAUCAGAGACUAUUCCAGAUUUGUGCUGGGAGCUAGCUCAACUCCAAGACACUUACAUUUUACAAGGUGAUUAUGAUUUGAAGGUAAUGCGUCAAGAUUACUACAUUAACCGGCAGAGAACGUUCAUAAACCAUCUCAUCAAUCUGCUUGCCAGGCAUCAGUUCUUAAAGAUAGCCUGCCAAUUGGAAAAGAAGCACAUGCUUGGAGCAUAUUCGUUGCUUAAAGUUAUUGAGUCUGAGCUACAAGCGUACUUGUCUGCAACUGAGGGACGGGUGUGUCGUUGCCUGGCCCUUAUCCAAGCUGCAUCGGAUGAUCAAGAACAAGGGGGAGUACAUGAUAGUGAUCUUUUUUUGCAUGCUAUUAGAGACCUGCUAAAACUUUAUUCAAAUACUCAAGCUGCAUUGUCAACAUAUGUAUCAGCACCAGGCAUUGUCCAGCAGAUAUCAGCUCUUCAUUCAGAUUUGAUGACCCUUCAGUCGGUCCUUGAGAAUUCUCUUCCGGAAGACAGAAAUAGGUGUAUCAAUGAACUGUGCACCUUUAUUCAAAGUCAGCAGCAACUGCUCUUUGCAUCUUCAACAACAGCGCAGCCAAUACUGACCCCUCGGCCAUUAAUGAAAGAGCUUGAUGAAAUGGAAAAGAUUAACGCAAAGCUCUCUGCUGCUGUGGAAGAGGUGACACUAGAGCAUGUGAAGAAGAACGAGAUUGUGAAGCAUCACUCACAAGAAAUUGGACUUCAAAGGCGAGUCUUUGUUGAAUUCUUUUGCAAUCCUGAGAGGUUGAGAAACCAAGUUCGGGAACUGACUACUCGAGUCAGAGCCUUGCAAAUUUCCUAGCAAUCAUAAGUACCCUUUUCUAUUUUCCAUUCUCAUUUUUUGUUAUUUUUUCUUCUCUGUUCUUCUUCAUCUUAUCCGAGUAGCAAUGUGCUGACUUGUGUUCUCAAUUUCAAAUAUAUAUAUUUGCUGUCUUGUGUGUUAAUAUGAGAAAGACAUUACUAGUGCUUCCUUCCUUCCCCUUGGCCCUUGUUUCUUACUAUUUCAUAUGGGAAUGGAAUGGAUCCUCUCAUAUUACAUGAAAUCAUGGGAGAGGCUC